GGCCUCUAAUUGGCGGCCCUAUUCGCUGCAAAGGAAGUCAGAUCGUCGUUGAUUGAAACGAAGAUUCCAGAUUCAGGCUGGCCACAGCUGUGGAGCAAUGACACCAUUUCGUCCAGGAGUGCUGCAGUGGUCGAUUUCAGGAGUGCUGGCUGACUCGCAACAGUAGCUGAUCAAUAACAGAUGGUGUCCUGACUGAACCCUUACGUAGCGAGACAGACUGCCGCGUCAUAGCAUUCUACAGACAAAGGAAUAAACAGGGACAAUGAUAACAGUCAGCCCAGUGAGGCUUGUUAGCCGCCUUGGCACACGUACAUAAGCCUCCCGAUCCCCCAAACGCUGAAGCUUCUCCUUCACUCGCGAGGCCGCUUGCUUCUUUUCCUUCUUUCAUUCUUUGCUGCUCAGCCGAUCGGCUUUUCCAUCUUCUCCAUCUCCAUCGACCAUCUGCCUGGUCCUGAAAUACAUGCACCGGAUUCGUUCGUGGGCGAAAGCUCACGCUUCUACCACUGCCGACUCCCAACUCCAGGCCUCUGCCCCAGAAUCCAACGAUCGCCCCGACGAUCCCGACAUACGUCGUCAAAAUGAUCAAGUGAAUAAACCCGCUGGCGACCCGGCUUCGGGCUCGCCAAGUGAUGGAAACAACUCUGAGAAACAGGGCCUUGUCCCUCGUACCAAGAACGCAGCCAUCCGCUUCGUUCGCCACACCAGAACAGCACUAUGCCACAGCUGGGUCAACGUCCUGCUGGUCUUUGUGCCAGUUGGAAUUGCCGUCGAGGCUGUCGGGAUGGAUCCCGCCAUCAUCUUCGCCAUGAAUGCAGUGGCCAUUAUCCCCUUGGCCGGGCUCCUGAGCCAUGCUACUGAGUGUGUCGCCAGCCGCAUGGGUGACGCUAUCGGCGCCCUGCUCAACGUCACCUUCGGUAACGCAGUCGAACUGAUCAUUUUCAUUAUUGCCCUGGUCAAGAAUGAAAUUCGCAUCGUUCAGGCUUCUCUGCUAGGAUCUAUUCUAGCCAAUCUAUUGUUGAUUCUCGGAAUGGCUUUCCUCCUUGGAGGUCUCCGAUUUCAGGAACAAAUUUACAACAGCACUGUCACUCAGAUGAGUGCUUGUCUUCUUAGUUUGGCUGUCAUGAGUCUCCUGCUGCCAACCGCCUUCCACGCUUCGUUCAAGGAUACGAAUGAUGCCAAUCAAUCGACCCUCAAGGUCUCUCGCGGUACCAGCGUUGUGCUCCUUCUGAUCUAUGUAUUAUACAUCAUUUUCCAGCUCAAGUCGCACGCCUACCUUUACGCCAGUAUCCCCCAGCAAAUCAUCGACGAGGAAUCCCACCCCGGUGUGUUGGCGGAUUUCAUGAACUCGUCGUCCGACUCGUCGAGCAGCUCGUCUUCUGACGAAUCUGACGAUACAACGACCUCCUGGACAACGGCAAAGCGUAUCAAGCGUGCGAUGAAAUACCGCAAGCACAGAAAGGCCAGUAUCAGCUCGCGGGGAACCACCUCGCCUGAACUGGUGAACAGAUCGUCCACCGUCGAUGUCUCAUCGCUCCCUCCUCGGAAAAUGAGUAUCGCCAGCGAGUCGAGCCCCAACCAGCGCGAUGACACUGGCUCAUACAUUGUCGAUGUGGACGUCAAACCGGAGCCGGAUAGUAGGAACCCGAGCGAACCGCGCUUGAGGGACUUUGGAGAUGACACCUUGAACAUCAAUCCCGUCACUAGUGCCAGUCAAUCCGUCGAACCGCAGUCGAGAGACUUCGGCCAGGCGGCUAGCAUCCACACAACCGAGACUGGCCGCAGACGAUCCAAGCGCGAGCAGAAGAAGCGGAGGAAGGUCGCCAGACGGGAAACGAGAGAACAAGCCGUUAUUCCAACGCUGCCCUCUCAGCCCGCACCAAACUCCCGCGUCUCGGCGCUGUCUCUCGAACAGGGCGAAACCUCAGAGCUUCCACGCAAGUGGUCUCCAUUCCGCCCCAAUCUCCCGUCUCUGCUGUCCAACACUGUAUUCACAAACCCACCGCCAACCGCCUCAAAUGAUCCCUUGGGCAACUGUAACGGCUUGCGACGUACGCAUUCGCUGCCUUCGCUCGGACAGCGUCCUGCGCCUCACCGUCAGCCCCCAGUCGGCAAUGCUGUCCAGUUCGCCAGGGUUGCAGCGCGUAUACCGACCGCGGUCAACCCUACCAUUGAUUCCGAGAAACCCCAGGAGCAGCCGCAGGCCGAAAUGUCGCGCACCGCUGCGGUAGUCAUGUUGCUUCUCUCUACUGGCCUUGUCGCAGUGUGUGCUGAAUUCCUCGUCGACGCAAUCCCUGCCAUGGUCGAAAGCUCCUCUGUCAGUGAAGCCUUUAUCGGCUUGAUCAUCCUCCCUAUCGUGGGUAAUGCCGCGGAGCACGUUACCGCCGUGACGGUCGCCACGAAGAACAAAAUGGACCUAUCAAUCGGUGUCUCCGUCGGAAGUAGUAUUCAAAUCGCAAUCUUCGUCACUCCUCUCGUCGUCAUCCUCGGCUGGUGCAUGGACAAGGACAUGUCUCUUUACUUCACGCUCUUCGAAACCAUCUCUCUCUUCGUCACCUGUUUUGUCGUCAACUUCCUCGUCCUCGACGGGCGCAGCAAUUAUCUCGAAGGGGCGCUUUUGAUGGCGGCAUACGUCAUUAUCGCUGUGGCCGCGUUCUUCUACCCCGAUAACGCGCAUGCUAGCGAUCUUGGGCAGGCGGGGUAAUUAGCCCACCGAGUGUUACUGCUUUCUGCACGUUAUGUGCUUGGCUGAAUUGACCGAAUUGAUUGGGACAAUCAAUUCAUCGGGAUGAUGACCUUGGUCUGAAUUGCGUACGGAUGGGCAUAUGGAUAUCCGUCCGUCCAUCCCAUGUGGUUUUGUUAUUGUUCAUUCACAAAUUGUGAAAUUGUGUUUGCUUGUUUUCUACCUAUUCUUCUACUCCAGAAUGGAAUUAUGAAAUUUUUGCGCAGA